AUGUCCCUCCCCGGCGGCAACGGCGAGCCCCCUCCCCUUCCACCGCUGUUCCCCUCACUCAUCAAGCUCGGCCGCGCGGUCACCGCGAGAAACGUCGACCACCUCCUGACAGUGCUCCUCCGCCGCCGCAGGCACCGCCUCCUCGCUGCGCUCGCCUCCCAGGCGCUUGCCAACGCCAUCGCCCCUACUCCGCGCACGCACCUCCUUGUCGCCUCCGCCCUGCUCGACUCCGCGCGGCCGCGUGACGCCGCACAGCGCCUCGCGCUUGCCUCCCGCACCGCCAGUCGCCGCCUCUGGGAUGCACUGCUCCGCCGGGCCUGCGCCGGGGGCGGCGACCCGUGCCACGCACUGGAGCUACUCUCCGCUGCCAUCGAAGACCACGGCAUGGUGCUGUCGCCUUCCACGUACCGCGACAUGGUGGUGUUGCUGUGUGCCCACGGGGAGGUGGAUUGCACGCUUAGGGUGUUCGACUUAAUGACCAGGAGGGGUGUCAGAACUGGGAAGGCCGGAGCAGGGCUGGAUUUCUAUGAGAAGGUGAAGAGUCAGUUCAGUGGAUUUGAUCCGGGCCUUGUGACACUGACAUCAGUUGUCCAUGCUCUUGGGUUGGAGGGGAGAACUGGUGAGAUGGCGGAGCUUAUGCGGGAGAUGGAGUGUAAAGGCAUGAAUGCUGAUGCUGUGUUUUACGGCAGCAUGAUUCAUGGAUACAUGAGUCGUGGGUUCUUGAUGGAAGGUCUUCGGGAGCAUCGAUCCAUGCUAGAGAAGGGAAUCGAAGCUGAUGUGACUAACUAUACUACUGUUAUUGAUGGACUCUGCAGAGAAGGUAGUGUGGAGAAAGUAAUGGGGUUCUUGGAUGAGAUGGAGCGAGUGGAUGCUAAGCCAAAUUUGAUUACUUAUACAUCACUGGUUGGUGGCUUCUGUAAGAGAGACAGGUUGGAAGAUGCUUUCUCUAUCGUGAGGAAACUGGAACAAACAGGCGUGGUGGUGGACGAGUAUGUAUAUUCGAUUUUGAUUGACAGUUUGUGCAAAAUGGAAGAUUUAGACAGGGCUUUCUCGUUGCUCACGGAGAUGGAGAAUAAGGGAAUAAAGGCUAGCAUCAUAACAUACAACGCGAUAAUAAAUGGUCUGUGUAAAGCUGGUCACACUGAAAAGGCUCUUGAAAUUUCUGAAGGUGUUGCUGCUGAUAAUUUCACAUAUAGCACACUGUUACAUGGUUACAUCAAAAGAGGUGACAUAACCGGUGUUAUGGCAAUAAAGGAUAGGCGCUUGAAGGUGAAUGAUGCCUGGAGCUUGUUUCAUAAAAUGCCUGAGAUGGGCUUAAGACCUAAUACUAUCACCUACCAUACAAUCAUAGACAAACUGUGUAAAGCUGAGGAAGUUGACAAGGCACUGGAGUUGUUUGAUGAAUACAGGAAAGAUUCAGGAUUCUCCACUGCAGUUGUUCAUGAGUGUCUGACUAAAGCACUGUGUAAUGGAGGAAAAGUUGACAUGGCUGACCAAAUAUUUUAUGAUCUUGUUCAGAAAAAAUAA